AUGACAAUAGAGGACUGUGUUAAGCAAGAGGCUAUCUUUGCUGGAGUAAACAAGCAAUCUUUUGUUGCUGAUUAUUCUCCAAAAGAACAAAUAGUAGCAUAUGGUGCAUCAAACAAUGUUGCAUUAUGGAAACCGUUAUCCAAAGAUAACAAAGGGGUAUACAGCACGUUGAAAAAGCACACGAAAGAAAUCACAGGAAUUAGGUUUAUUCCUAAUAGUCCAUAUUUAGUAUCAGCUGCUGAAGAUUUUGAAGUGAAUGUUUGGAAAAGGCAAGGAGAUGAAUAUGCUCACCAUAGCAGUUUAGAUUUCCACAAACAUUCUAUUACUUGUUUAUCCGUAAUCAACGAAUUUAUAUUUGCCACAGGAAGUGCAGAUGGGCAUAUUGCAUUAUGGGGAGUAAAUAACGAGACCGAAGAGUGGGGUUUGAUACACAAUUUUCAAGUGAAGUCUAAUUUCUACCCAAUGACAUUAGCAUUACAAGAUGUAGAUGCAAAUGGUGGUUACGUUUUAGCAGUAGGUGGAACAACUCCUAUUGUUUAUGUCUAUUCUUUUACGUUAUUACCAGACCACGGUAGCAUUUCACAUUUUGAUCAAUCAGCAACAUUAACCGGACAUGAAGACUGGAUUAAGUGCCUUAAUUUUGUAAUGGAAGAAAACCACAAAAACUAUAUAUUAGCCAGUGGAUCACAAGACAGAUACAUCAGAUUAUGGAGAUUGAAGUUAAAUGAUCAGAUCGACGACUCCGAUGAAGAUGAACUGAAGUUAAUUCUUUUAUCAAACAAGCAGUACAAAUUUAACGUAGGAGAAUCUACAAGGGCUGCUAUCAGUUUCGAAGCCUUAAUUAUGGGACAUGAUGACUGGGUUACUGGUCUUCAAUGGCACCCAUCCUACCAGCUGGACUCGAGUGAAAAGAGAUUGCAAUUGUUGUCAUCAAGUGCCGAUACUGCGUUAAUGGUGUGGGAAAUGGAUGCUGAUUCGGGUAUCUGGUGUUGUGUUAAUAGAUUAGGUGAAAUGUCAAUCAAAGGUGCUUCUACUGCCACAGGUGCCUCAGGGGGGUUCUGGUCAUGUUUGUGGUUCAAUGAUGAUAAGCAUCAAUAUAUCUUGGCCAAUGGUAAGACUGGCUCAUUUAGAGUAUAUAAGACUGUUGAUGACGAAGCUAAAACAUGGGAGGCAGUUUUAGGAGUGACUGGUUCUACAAGAGAAGUUACUGACUUAGUAUGGUCCUUGAAUGGUGAAUAUUUCAGUACAACUUCUUUGGACCAGACUACAAGAUUAUUUGCUCCAUGGGUAAAGAACAGAGAUUUUAAGACAUGGCAUGAAUUUUCCAGACCUCAAAUUCAUGGUUAUGACAUGAUUUGUUUGGAUAACAUAAGUGCAACCAAAUAUGUAUCUGGUGGUGAUGAAAAACUCUUAAGAGUUUUCGAAAUGACGCACUCAAUUAGUAGAUUAUUACACAACUUUUGCGGUAUUGAUAUCGUUUCUAGUGAAUCACAAGAGGAGUUGCCUGAAUCUGCCUCGUUGCCCGUAUUAGGCUUAUCUAAUAAGGCUGCUAAUGAACAGCUUGAAGCUGGUGAAAUGUCUCAACAGCAACAAGACAUAGAAGAAAACGAAGGCACUGAAGCAAACACACCUAAAGAGGAUAUUUUAGAAUCUUUAACAUCUCCUCCAUUGGAGGAUCAUUUACAGAGAUACACAUUGUUCCCUGAAUUGGAAAAGUUAUAUGGACAUGGGUACGAAAUAACAUGCUGCGCUACGUCUCCUUCUGGCUCGUUGAUUGCAUCAGCUUGUAAAUCUAAUAAUGCCAGACAUUCAGUCAUUCGUAUUUUCAAUGUUGCGGAAGAAUACCAACAAUGUGCCCAAGUAUUAGAAGGACACAAUUUAACCGUCACAAGUUUAGAAUUUUCCCCAGAUGGACAGUUCUUAAUGUCUGUCUCCCGUGAUAGACAGUUCUCGUUAUGGAAAAUAGUAGACGAGAAAGCAGGCAAGUUCGAACUUUUUGAGCUUAAUGCAAAAGCACAUAGCAGAAUCAUUUGGGAUUGCUCCUGGGCUCCUGCUAACCCUUACGGCAACUUUGUUGUUACUGCUUCGCGUGACAAGCAAAUCAAAUUAUGGCAAGUAAAUGAAAAGGUAGAGGCUGUUGCAGCUAUCAAGUUGCAAGAUGCUGUUACGUCUGUUUCUUGCUAUAGAGCCAGUUUGUUUGAAAACAAGAUACUGCUUGCGGUGGGUUUGGAGAAUGGUGAUCUUUCGUUAUUUAGUGUUGAUCUCAGUGAACAAGAGAAAACAUUCAAAUUACACUUGAAAUUUGAUUCUACAUUAACUCCAGCUAGUAGAGUAUCUAAGGUAAGCUUUAGUAACAAGUUGCAUGACAACAACAAGAAUUUAAUGCUUGGUGUGGCAAGUAAUGACACGUCUGUCCGUAUUUAUAGUAUAAACAAGGAAAUUUUUGUAUAG